AUGGAUGUCACCUUUGAUGAGCUCUCUUCCUUUUAUGAUUAUUCUCAGGAAAGGCAUUGUCCAAAGGGGGAGAAUUUGUCACAGUUGUUUGCUCUCCCCCUUCCUAUCCUAGUUGAGUCUUCUGUUGAGACUUUUCCUCCUUCAACUGAGUCAAGGGAGGAUCAGUCAUUUCAUUCUUAUUCUAGUGUCCCUAUCCCUCUUCCUUUACCUCCUCGUCCUCUUUUUAAUCCUAGGUUGUACCAACGGCAGAGAACCAGAAGUGAGCAGAUUGUUUCCUUUACACCACAUGAGCCUCCUACACUUCCAGUCACAGAAGAGACAACAGGUACUGAUACAGCCCCUUUGGAGUCAUCAUUUCCAGACCUUGAUAUCCUUAUUGCUAUUAGGAGAGGAAAAAGGAAGUCAGUGUUAGAAGCUCUUACUAUUCCAGAAUGGAGGGAUGCUAUGAAAACAGAAAUUUAUGCCCUACACAAGAAUGACACUUGGGAAGUUGUUGAUUUACCUGAAGAAAAGGAUCCAAUAGGCUAUAACUGCUAUGCUAAUGCAGUGCUCCAGUGCCUGGCAUUUACUCGGCCUCUAGCUUGUUAUCUUCUUCAAGGGCACCAUUCCAAAGCAUGCCCAAAGAAAGAGUGGUGUUUCACCUGUGAGUUUGAGGCUCUAAUUCUGAGGGCGAGAGAAGGGAAAUCCCCUUUAUCCCCUAUUGGUAUACUUUCCCAAAUACAAAACAUUGGCAGUCAUCUUGGUCAUGGGAGAGAAGAGGAUGCCCAUGAAUUUCUAAGGUAUGCCAUUGAUGCAAUGCAAUCUAUUUGCCUAAGAGAAGCUGGAUCAAAUGUGGAUGUCCCCUAUGCAGAAGAAACAACUCUCAUAGGCCUGAUAUUUGGGGGUUACCUUCGAUCUAAGAUAAGGUGCUUGAAGUGCCAAGGAAAAUCUGAGCGUAUUGAACGCAUGCUGGAUCUUACUGUUGAGAUUGAAGGUGACAUUGGAACCCUUGAAGAGGCACUUGCAAAAUUUACGACUGCUGAAAUCUUGGAUGGAGAAAACAAAUACCAGUGUGAGAGAUGCAAAUCUUAUGAGAAGGCUAAAAAGAAGUUGACGGUAUUGGAGGCUCCUAAUGUCCUUACCAUUGCCUUGAAGCGGUUUCAGACUGGUAAAUUUGGCAAACUAAAUAAGUUGGUUCGGUUCCCUGAGGUCCUGAACCUGACUCCAUAUAUGAAUGCGACAAGUGACAAAUCUCCUGUGUACACACUUUAUGCGGUUGUGGUUCACUUGGAUAUUAUGAAUGCUGCAUUCUCUGGUCAUUACAUAUGCUACAUUAAAAAUUUUCAAGGGAAAUGGUUCAAGAUUGAUGACAGCAUGGUAAAACCUGUUGAGCCUGAGAAGGUUUUGUCAAAAGGGGCAUAUAUGCUCUUUUAUGCAAGGUGCUCACCACGGGCCCCAAGUUUGGUAAGGAAUUCAUUGAUCCAUGAUGACAAAGUGAAGAGAAGCAGAUGCUCUGAAGCUGUUCCUUCCAGCCAUAGUGGGAAUAAUAUGUCUAAUGAAAGGCCUAGUGUAGUUCCAAGUGCUAGCCCUAAAGACCUUCCCUUUUGGACGACUACGGAUGGUACUAUUAACUAUGGAUCUUUUGAUUCAGAUAAUAGGAGUUUCCGCCGUCAUCAGAUUCCUAAAGUUGAUUGGUUCAGUGAUAGCUCGUCCCUUUUCAGCUGCUCGGAUGAAGGUUCCUGCAGUACAGAGAGUACGAGGGACUCUACCAGCACAGAGGACUUGCAUGAUUACAUAUUUGGGGAAGCGAUCUGUGGUUGGAAAAGCCCUUUGAGGGUUUCAUCAGACUCUGAUGGUGCUUCUUCCCCUUUGGGCUCGAGUUUUUCACCCCAAUCAAUGUCAAAGAGUCAUUCAUUGAAUUCUCCUGAUACAAGUGGGUAUCAAACUUACAGCACAAAACCGGAGACAGGUAAAGCUUCAACGAAGCUACGUGAUAAGAGCGGCAUAGGAGAGGAUCUGCAAGGGAAGGAAAGGCCUCCCCUUUUGUACUCUGACACAACUAAAUCCUGUAGAAAGUUUACAACCCAUCGUAGUAGUAGUAGUGGCAGCAGCAACAGCAAUAGUCUUGGUAGUUGUAGUUGUAGGGAGACUGACCGGAAACGAUUAGGUGUUGUUAACCCUUUUGGUUGGAGAUCUGGUGUAACAAUGAGAAGAGGCACUAGGGAAAGAGCGGCUCAAACAUUUUAUUGAAAGGUUUGAGUUUGGGAAAUAAGAGUUUAAGUUGUAAUGUAAUGUAUACCUUUUGCUGGUUGAAUGGAAGAAAUCAGCUGUUAAUUUGCAUCUUUCUCUCUCUCAUGUGGUCGUCCAAGAAUUACCUGGAAUGCAGCAAUUCCAAAUUCCAAUUUGUAUUUUCACGUUUCA